CUUUGGUACACAGUGAUAUAUUUUUUCACUGGGAGUGGGAGGGUCUAGGACAGUUGGAGACAGUAGGCCAGUAGGGAUACAAUCCCCUAACACACGUGUACUGGAGGGUGUUUCCAUUUUUAACCUUGAGUUGUCAUUCUAGUAAAGCCAAGGGAUCAGGUAGGGUUGAGAGGGUAACUCAGGGAUGACAGCUGAGGCACUCAGCCUUUUCUAGGCUGAAUCCUUCGCAUCAGCCAGAGGGCGGGCGUUGGAGUCACCUUAAGAGCCCGUAAUUUCUCCUUCUUGCCAUAGGGGUCAGGAACUGGGAGGGGAGACUGAACAAGGGGGCAAGAAUACGAACGGCCUCGGGCCUGGAGCAAGCCCCCCCUAAACCUCGGUUUCCCUGCCCCUAAGGGAAGAGCUCACCAAAGCAGGACCACAGGCCACCCGGGAACCCUCUGCACCCGCCGGCACAGAGGAAAGCACAGUUUCCCACCUCCCGUCAGGCAUGGGGCGGGGCCGGAAGAGGCGGGAAGGCCGCGACUGAUCCCCGCUAGAUGUGGUCGGUCGCGGAGAAGCGGUGGGUGGAGCCCCAGCCCGGGCCGGGCAGAAUGGAGGCAGGUUCAGGCGCGGCUCCGAGGGGGGGGCAGAUCGGCAACGGCGGCCGCGGUGGUGACCAAAAUGCGUCCGAGCCCUUGCGACCCGGGGAGGAGCUCCGCGAUCCAAAUGUCCGUAUCGCGGAGCGAGGUGGGCGGGCGGCUGGGGACCAUGGCCAGGACCGGCAUGGAGCAGUGGCGUGACCGGCUGGCACUGGUGACAGGAGUCGGGGGCAUCGGCGCGGCUGUGGCCCGGGCCCUCGUCCAGCAGGGACUGAAGGUAGUGAGUUGGGCCCGCCCCGUGAGCAACAUCGAGGAGCUGGCUGCCAAAUGUAAGAGUAUAGGCUACCCCAGGACUUUGAUCCCCCACAGAUGUGAUCUGUCCAGUGAGGAGGACAUCCUCUCCACGUUCUUGGCUGUCUGCUCUCAGCACAGUGGUGUGGACAUCUGCAUCAACAAUGCUGGCUUGGCCUGGCCUGACACUCUGCUCUCAGGCAACACCAGCAGCUGGAAGGACAUGUUCAAUGUGAACAUGCUGGCCCUCAGCAUCUGCACACGGGAAGCCUACCAGUCCAUGAAGGAAUGGAAGGUGGAUGACGGGCACAUCAUUAAUAUCAACAGCAUGUCUGGUCACCAAGUGUCACCCCACUCCGUGAUCCAUUUCUAUAGUGCUACCAAGUAUGCCAUCACCACACUGACAGAGGGACUGAGGCAAGAGCUUCAGGAGGCCCAGACCCACAUUUGAGCCACAUGCAUCUCUCCAGAAGUGGCAGAGACACAAUUCUCCUUCAAACUCCACAACAAGGACCCUGAGAAGGCAGCUGCCAUCUAUGAAUGCAUAAAGUGUCUCAAACCUGAAGAUGUGGCUGAGGCUGUCAUCUAUGUCCUCAAGCACCCUUCCACGUGUCCAGGUGAGUCUGGCCUUGACUGUCCAUCCCCUGGAAGAGCCCAGCCAUCCCAGAGGAGGACAGCAGGGAGGCCUAGCGGGUGGGGAGAGCAUCCUGUCUGCCUCAAGCCUUGUGCCUUCCAGCAGAUUGGAGACAUCCAGAUGAGGCCCACGGAGUAGGUGAUCUAGUUUCCUAUGGGGAGUUCUGUCUUCCAUCCCCACGCCUCACGGCUUAGCUCCUGCCUCUGGAUUUUAGGUGUUGAUUUCCAGACUCCUGGAUUCUGCUUCCUCUCUCCAACCCACCAGGGGCUACAAAUUUUUGGAAGUUUUUAUGUCUUAUCAAAUUACGUCCACCACAAAUAUGAACAGUGGGCUGGGGAGAGGUUAGGUGUCCCUGAUUGUUUUACCUGUUAACUCAUUAUUGGUCUGCUUCUUAGUCUCCUUGGCCUUUGUGUGCUCUCUUUGGUCUCUUCCUUUUGACCUAGGGAAGGAACUGUGGCCAAAAGGGGGGCUUCCCCCUAUCUUCUUGUACCCCAACCCCUGUCCCUCAAGGAGGAGGUGGCAGAGAGAAGCCCUGACCUCCUAUCUGAAUAGCUUUCCAAGGCCCUAGGCUUCCUCCUCUCCCUGCCCUACUGCCCCCAUUGCCUCUUCUCUUCACCCACCCCUGUUCUCCAGCCCAGGCUUGGCUUCUCUGCUCCCAGUGGGGUCAUCACUCCACACUGACUAUGGCAGCUGAAUAUCAGGCCCUGCCUCCCAACUGGGUUUCACUGUGAUAAUUAAAAAAGAAAAAUUGCAA